UUAGUAUUAUGAAUACAUGAAAGAUUUAUUUCCUGGCAGUCACGACAAAUUGUCAACCGUUCGUAUCAUUCACCAUCCUUGCCAAGACAGAACAUAUAAUUUUUUGUUUAUUCCGUCUUGAGAACAAUGUCGCGGUCAUCAGUUUCCGAGAAGUUUGAAAAAUGCUGUGGUGAUUCUGGAGAACUUAAAGAGAUUCAUAAACUGUUAACCGUCAUUACGAACAUUACCAAUCAUAUUGAAGUUCAAAACGAGACUAUCAUCAAAGAAAAUCAGAAACUUCAAGAUGAAAAUGCAAGUUUGGAGCUGCAGCUAAAAUUAUUGAUUCAGAAGAACAAAGAGAUGAAUAGCGACGUCGAGCAACUCAUUUUUCAAAAUAAGGAAUUCCGUGAAUCGCUGGACCAAUUCAAAAAUGAGAACAAUCGACUAAGAGCACAACUGAAACAACAGAACACGAAAUUACGUUUGGUCAUUGAGACACUGAAAUCGGAAAAUGCUAAACUGAGGUCGGAUAUUGACGAAGGCGUGAAAAUGCUCAAGUGGACACAGGAGGAUAAGAAGAAAAAGAAUACAUUCUGGAAAAAUUGGUGUCCGUCGGUGCAAUCUUAAGAAACAUUAGAUUUUAUCGGUUUUUAAUAAACAAUAAUUAUUCAAGUAUUUAUUUAAGUUAUAUUGGAAAUAAAUAACGUUUUAUAAUCAA